CUCACGAGCCCCUUCGUCACGCGCCGUUCAUUUCAAAAAGCACCGCGAACCAUGCUCAAGACGUCGCUACUCGUCGUCGUCGGCGUUGCCCUUUCAGUCGCCUGUGUCGCCCAUGCUCAGCACGACCAAGGCAACCUCCCCGCCGACUUUGACUUUCCCCAACCUUGGGCUGACAUCGACGCCAACGAGUACAUGAAGGAACUCAAGGAGCGCAUUGAAAAAUUCAGAAAACAGCGCGAAGACGACGGCAACUUGUAGACAACCAACAUGAAAUUCAACAUGAUGCUAAACUCUACCUGUCA